GGGAUGGCCCACGACCCACUGCCCCCUCUCCAGAUGGUGACCGUGCGCCGGCCGUGGCCCGCCGUGGCCACAGUGCUGCUGGCCCUGCUCGCCUGCCUGGGGGCGCUGGUCCACGCCUACCCCGCCAAACCCGAGGCUCCCGGCGAAGACGCGUCGCCGGAGGAGCUGAGCCGCUACUACGCGUCGCUGCGCCACUACCUCAACCUGGUCACUCGGCAGCGGUACGGGAAACGAGACAGCCCGGAAGUGGUCCUCUCGAAACUGCUCUUCCCCGACGGCGAGGACCGCCAGGUCAAGUCACGGCCAGAAGGCGCGUACAUGUGGUGACGACCCCAAGGCCUCCUGGGAGAAACGCCGACUGCACCGACCUCGUUUGCAUGUGUGCUCCCGACCCCGGAACCUGGGUUCCUCUCGCUGCCUACUGUGCCUGGGAGGGGGUGGGGGUGCUGGAUGGGGUCUUCAUCCCAUUUCUCCGUGCCCCCGGCCCCUGGGCUGGAGGGCUGUGUGUGGUCUUUCCCCGGUCCCCAAAUAAAGAGCAAAUUUCAC